UUUAUAUUAUUAAUGAGUUUUGCACUAAGUUAUGCUUUGGUGGGGUUCAACAAGUUAUUGUAUCUACUCCUUCUGGUAGAUACUAUGAAAUUGAUAGGGAUAGUAGUAUUAGGAAACUGUUGGGAAUGGUUUGUAGUGAUUACAAUGUUGUUGAUAUAUUUACUGUAGAGGAUUGUGAGUUGGCAGUGAAUGUACCUGAUAUUUUACAUUAUGGUGAGGAUGGAGGUGAUGAUGUUGCACUUGACCAUGAGGCUGCAACUGAUUGUAGCUCAACAGAUGAUGAGUUUGAUAAUGAAUCUGACUCUGAUUCUUCAGAGUAUGAUUCUGAUGAAUUAGAUUUUAUUUCAACUCAGAGGAGUAUGAGUAUAACUAAGCAGCUGCUGGAUUGCAAAGAACUAGAUAAAAAUAUGAGCUUUAAGGAUAUUUCUGAAGCUAGGAAGUGUCUGAAACUGUAUGUUAUGGCAAAUAAGAAAGAGAUAGUGCUUAAGAAGAGUGAUACAAGAAGGCUUAGGUAUGACUGUCAAGUAGGUUGUCCAUUUGUUUGCCUAAUUUUUAAGGAUGGGGAUUGUCCAGGGGUUAGAGUCAAUACACUAAAUCCAAAUCAUAAUUGUUUCAUUGCUUAUGAUAAUAGUAUUGUUGACUACUUCACUAUUGCACAUUAUUUUAAGAGGAAGUUGCAAGACAAUCCAAAAUAUAAAGUAAAAGAGAUGAGGGCUGAUUUGAGAGCUGCAUUUGAGCUUAAUGCAAGCCAUGGAAAAUGCAAGAGAGAAUAUACUUAUUUUGAAUAAGCUACAAGGAAGCUUUAAAGAUGAGUACAACAAGCUAGAGGGCUAUGUUAAUGAAUUGAAGAUUAGUAACCCUGGAAGUGAUAUAAUAAUUAAUUUGUCAAAAGAUGCUCUUCUUGAAGGUAAGAGGAGGUUCUUAAGAAUGUAUAUUUGCUUUCAUGCUUUGAAAAGGGGUUUUAAGGAAGGUAUGAGACAUUUCAUUGAAUUGGAUGGGAUAUUUCUGAAGGGAAAAGCUAAGGGUCAGCUUUUGGUUGUUGUUGGUCUUGACUCAAUGAAUCAUUUCUACCUUAUAGCUUGGGCUAUAUUGGACAAAAAAAUAAAGAGAACUUGGGACUGAUUUUUGGAAAUGCUAAAGAGGUCACUGGAGCUCAAGAUGGAAAUUCUUUUAUAGUUAUAUAUGUUUCUUUAAACUUGUGAUUGGUUCUUUAAACUAAUAUUGUGUUUCUUAUGAUUUGUAGGGGUUGGUUGAGGCAAUGAAAACUGUUUUGCCUGAUGCUAAUCAUAGUUAUAGUGUCAGACACAUUGAGGCUAAUUAGUGUAAAAGAUGGAGAUCUUGGAAAAUGAAAAAGCUGUUGUGGCGGAGUGCAUGGUGCACAUAUGAGGAGGAUUUUGAUGAUCAAUUGAAGAAGAUAGGGGAGAUGGAUGAAAAUAUAGUGAAAGAUUUGUUGCAUACCCUCCCCAGUCACAGUGUAUAGCAUUUUUGACAUUGUAUGCAAGAAUAUGUCUGUGGAUAACAAACUUUACAGAAUCAUUCAAUGCAUGGAUCCUGGAUGCAAGGUACAAACCUAUAAUUAAGAUGCUAGAGGACAUUAGGGUGAAGGUGAUGGAAAUAUUGAGAGAACAUGAGGACAAAGUGAAGUCAUGGACUACUAACUUUAGUCCUUAUGUCAUGAAACUUUAUGAAGGUUAUUUGAGGAUUGAGCAUAAAUGCAAGGUUCACUUUAAUGGUGACUAGGUCUAUGAAAUAUCUGAAGGGCCUGAUAAACAUACAGUAAACAUGGUCUUGAAGCAGUGCAGUUGUAGGGCUUGACAACUGUCUGGAAUACCAUGUCCUCAUGCCAUUAGGGAAUUUGUGUACAGAGGCCUUGAUCCUUUAAAGGAAAUACAUUGGUGGUAUAGCAAAGAGGCAACAUUAAAGACUUAUUCGCACAAGAUACUACCUGUUAGGGGAGAAAAAUUUUGGAAGGCAAUCCUUGUAGAUGCAAUGGAACCACCACAGAUAGUGGAGUUAGCUGGUAGACCUAAGGUGAAGAGAACAAGGCAAAAGGAUGAAGCAAUUAAGAAACAAAAUGAAUGGUCUAUGUCAAGGAAAGGAAGGGUUAUGAACUGGAGAAACUGUGGAGAGCCAAACCACAACUCACGGGGGUGUAAGAAGAAAAGGAAGACAACUGAAAACUAUGAAGAUAUUGAUGAAGACAUACCUUUGUUAGGGCCUGAACAAUCUCAAGCUAGUGUAGGCUCCAGCAAUCCUUUUAUGUUCAUUCCUACACCAAUUUUUUCUUACCUAAAAAGGCUCUAGAAAUCUGUUAGUUCCACAUGUUCUUUUCCAGUUAUUCCAUAUGAGGAAGACCCUGCUUUAAGGCCAAAAGUUACAUCAGAUAUGGGGACAAGGCUUCAAAUGAUACAGGAACCCAACAUUACAGAUGGAACAAGAGUCAUCAGCUUAAGAGGUGAUUCAACUGGUGUGAGUCAGCCCUCAAUUCUGUCAUACUCACUUAAAGGACUCGCAUGGAAGGGGAAAGAAUCUCUAACUACUAACAAACUGGAGAUGCAAGCGCAUGAGAAGAUUAGGAAGCUUAAGGCAAAAAAGGGGAAUUGAAACAUUGCUGGACAAUAUGUUUUUGAAGUAAUAGUAUUUUGUCUAAACAAAUUGGUUUGGGGCUGUAAUUUAUGACUUCUGACAGUACAUUUAACUCUAGUUUUAAAUGCUUUGUUGGUACUGACAGUUGGAUGUCAUAGUAUGACCUAGGUGUUAACUUGUUUUGGGGUUAAUAUGGCAUCCGUGUGUCAAUUUAACUGUAUAUUGACAGUUAAC